AAACGCAGACUGCGCCAGAAUUUGACAGUGACAUAAAACUGUCAAAACUUUCUGCAACUUUGCUUGUCUCUACAGUUUUUACUUUUUGUAAACUAAAAUAUUCUCUUAAACUAAAGAAAAAUGGCUCGCUAUUUCAAGGAACAGGAUAUAGAUGAGUUCCGUGAAUGCUUCUACCUGUUUGCAAGAUCUGGUCAGAUCACUUCCCUGGAUGAGCUGACCGUAGUCAUGCGGUCUCUUGGCAUGAGCCCGACCAUACAGGAGUUAGCUGGAUAUUUGAAGGGUAAAGGUGGCAAGAUGUCCUUUGCUGAUUUCUUAGAAGUAAUGCACAUACAUUCCAGAGCUGAAAACCUUCCCAAUGAGGUAGUAAACGCCUUCAAGGCCGGUGACGCGGAGAAGAACGGCGUGAUACCGGCGCGCCAGUUAAGGAACUUGCUGCAGAACUGGGGUGAAGGCCUGUCUGCUAGAGAGGUAGACAAUAUAUUCCGAGAAGCGAAUGUGACGAACACCGGCACAGUUCGCUAUGAGGAUUUUGUGAAGAUAGCCUGCGCACCCGUGCCUGACUACUACUAAAUAGAAUCAUCGGCACGAAUCUUGAGCGCUGACCUACAUCUGCGCAGAAGUGAUUUAUUAGCAAAGAACCAAUCCCGAGUGACGGCUAUGACGCGAUGCGCUGCGGGCCAAUCACCUUUUAUAUAUUUUUUUCAACAGUUUAAUAUCCGUACUAAGGCCCAAAAUCACAAAAUAAACAUCUGUUUUUCUUAAAACAAUUGUAUACUUUGAUACUUGAACGUGAAAAUUUAUAGAAAACAGAACAGUUGUUUUGAGAAAACUGAUGUGUAUGUUGUUGGUGUACUGUACUUGGGCCUAAAAAUAACUGUCUGUCUGUAAUGCAUUCACGCCAAAACUACUGAACAAAUUUCAGAUAAGUACAUAUGAUCACAGAUAGUCAAAAAACCCGAGAAGGGCUUAUCUAGAUCGCAGAUAGAUUCCCACGAUACGCGGGUUGGGACCAUGGGGUAGUAUUUUUUUAAUAUAAAUUUUAGUUUAAAAGCCAAUUGAACAAAAAAUGAAGGUUGUCUUGCAUAUAAUUAUUAUUUUGAACAAGUAUAUCGUUUAUUUAUUAAAUAAUAGGCCUACCUACAAUUAAUUUGUUGGCGCUAAUAGAACCUUUUUUUCUGCUUUUCUUGAUAUAUGUAGCUAUGGGGGUAAAAAUAUGUAUUAGCUAUAACUUUUUAAGAAAAAACACUAUUUUAUCAAUUUAAUUAACUUAAAAAUUUUGUAAUGAGUUAGGGCUUGGUAAUAUUUAUUAGUAUUUUUAUACAAUCGUGUCUAUUGUGAAUGUACCUACAAUUUGAAGCAUUCCGUAUAUGUUUUUAAAUAUUUGUGCCGUCCAAUGUUUUAAAUAAUAUUACUAUUUCAAUAUUUUACUGUUAUAUUUAAUGUUUUAUUUAUAAGAAAGUAUUGAAUAAACCUAUCUUUAAAUUC